AUGGAGGCUCUUUCGGGUUUUUUAAGGAAGGCGUGUGAUGUGGGUUCUUUUAGUGGCAUUCGGCUUCCGAAUGGAGGUCCUAUUUUAUCUCACUUAUUGUACGCAGAUGAUGCGAUGGUUAUGGGAGAGUGGAUGGAAAACAAUGUUAAUAUUGACGAGAUUAGUGGUAAAGCGGUUGCUAUGGGAUGUCGGUCAGGUGUCACUCCAUUUUCGUAUCUAGGAAUUCUAGUUGGUGCUAAUAUGAGUAGAAUUAGUAAUUGGGAUCCGGUAUUGAAAGUUUUCAAAACUCGUUUGUCCAAGUGGAAAUCGAAGGUUCUAUCUAUUGGUGGAAGGUUGACGCUAAUAAAAUCGGUGCUGGAGAGUUUACCUUCUUACUACUUCUCAGUGUUUAAGGCGCCUGUUGCGGGAGGAAAUAUGGAUGUUAAUAAGGUCCUUUGGGUUGGAUGGGAUGUAGUGUCUACUUCUAAGAAACAAGGAGGGUUGGGUCUAAGCAAGCUUGGUGAGAGUAACAGUGCUUUAUUGUUAAAUUUGGCGAUAUCGUAA